AGACCUCUACUUUGCUCAGUGAUGGAGUGACUGGUGCUGUGUAACCAAUGAUGCCCUAUUGGUACAGUGACAUGAAAUACAGUGGAUUAUAGGAACUGUUACAGCGAGAAGAUACAAAAUUAAUGCGUGGAGCAAGAGUGAACGGAAGCACACGCAGGACUAAUAAACAAAACUACUAAAACUAGAACACCGAAUUUGUUUUUUGUUAUCGACGCUUGAGUGAUGUGUCGUGCAUUAUUACUUUUAACUUUUAACUAAUGAAGAGAAUACAACACAUGUGAACAAAUUGCCACCAAGAUAAUAACGUACAGUAUCCACAAACAACGUCACUUUAUCGUGUAGCCUAUUCGAAUGCUCUGUUGUACCUUGGGUGUAUCUGGGUGUAGUGUGGUAAACAGUACACAAAAAAAAAAAAUAAAAAUAUUAAAUAAACAGAAAAAGUAGAAAGAAAAGAAGAAAUGAAUAUAAUAAAAGACAACAGUUAACAAGAGAGACUAAGAACCUACUUAACGAUCCGUGGUGCUGGGGAGAUAAUAUAUAAGAAGAAUGCACGACGAAGAACAUAACAAGAUGGAGGAACUACCUGAAGAAGACACAAUAAUCUGCAGAAGGUGGUGUCGUCAGGGUAUCUCAGCCUGGUGCAAGAAAUACUUUUGGGAAGGUCAACUGAAGCAGGGAACACUCGACGAAGGCUACGAAGAAGUGAUGAACACAGACGGUCCCUUCAGCAGGUUGUCGCCCUCAAGACGUAAGGUACUGAGUCUUCUCCUGCCGGCGGCCUUCUAUCACUUCUGGUACUGGUGCAUCAUGGCCUACAGGAAUCUCUUCUACGUGUUCCUCGAUAAGUACCCGAUGUCUAUUACCAUGGUCUUCGGUUCCAUUAUUGCGGGGAUGACGAGUGUAGGGGGCGGCGCCGUUGCCUUUCCAGUGAUGACGUUGGUGAUGAAGGAGAGCCCAGAGGUGGCGCGAGAUAUGUCCAUGUCAAUACAGGCCAACGGUAUGAUCGCUGCCUCCUUCUCUAUCUUCUUCAUGGAGGUACACAUAGAACGUCACGCCUUACUCGACAGCUUCCUUGGGGCGUCUGCUGGGGUAAUCUUCGGCCUGGAGAUGGUCGACCCAGUGCUGACGCCUUCCAUGAAGAAGAUGGGCUUCGUCAGCAUCUUCUUCGCCUUCGCCUUUACUCUUUUCCUCAUCAACUGGAACCAUAAGAGAAAAACCUUUAAUAGCAUUCCAGAUUUAACCCCCUGGAAGAGAUGGUUGAUAUUCGUGUUUGGCUUCGUCGGGGGAGUGUUUACUGCCUUCUCCGGUAGCGGCGCUGACAUCUGCAUGUUUAGCCUCCUCACGCUCUUCUUUAACGUCUCGGAAAAGGUGGCGACCCCAACGUCCGUGGUGCUGAUGGGGUUCACCUCGGUGGUGUGCUGGGGGUGGCGGGCCCUCGUCACGCAGGAGAUGCCUCAGGAGAGCUGGGAGUACCUUCUCGCUGUGCUGCCUAUAGUGGUGAUUGGUGCUCCCGUUGGUGCUCUCAUCGGCACUCACUUCCACAGGCUGGUGUUGGCUGCUUGUGUUUACAUCCUCAACACCCUCUCACUCAUCGGCGCCUUUGUCAUAGUGCCACAGACUCCCGCUCUCGCCGGGGGCUCAGUAGGCGCGAUGGUAGGAAUGUUCAUCUUCUACAUUAUCUUAUUCAAACUUGGAGAACGAAUGAAUGACAAAUACGCUAAAAUAAUAAAGGAGAAACAGAAGAAGAAUGUAGAGGAAGAGAUAGUGGUGGAGGUUGACCAAGACUAUGUUAAGAAAGAGGAGCACUUAACAGAGGAGCCAGAAUGGGCAAUCAACCUCUCCUACCAUGGUGGUGGUGACGGGCCCAUGAGGUUUAUGUAGGUGUUCAUGAGUGUACUUAGUUUUAGUUUAACAAAUUUAUUGACAAAGCUUGACGACUGUUGGUUACCAUGGUGUUCAGGGUCAACACACACACACAGAGGCCAUAAGAUCAACAGUUCAGUAUUGGGUGAGAGUGAGUGAGAGUGUGAGACAGAGAGAGAGAUAAACAAAGACAGAUUCUACCUAAUAUAUACCGGAAAUACUACCAAUUAUAUAACAGGUUUUUUUAUUGUAUUACGUAUUUAUAAGUAAAUACUACAGUGUGUAUGUUAGAUUAUAAUGGUUGAAAUAUAAGAUAA